AUGUCUUCAGCAGCAACUGACACGCAAGUCGUCGUUCUAGGCGCCGGUGUCAUUGGCCUCACCGUGGCGCACGUACUCUCAGAGAACGCGCGGUACAAGAUCAAAGUCGUGGCGAGGGACAUGCCCGAAGACCUUGACUCGCAGGCCUUCUCAUCUCCCUGGGCGGGCGCGAACUGGUCUCCGAUGGGUGUGCACAACGAACGCACGCACAAGUGGGAGAAGACUACCUUCAAUAAGUUCUGGGACAUGAUUCCUUCGGGACUAGCAAUCGCAUCCUCGUCCAAAGUUUUCUAUGAAGAAGACGCUGACCUCGAAAGCAUGUGGUACCGGGACCUUGUUCGCGACGCAAUGCUUGAACCGAGCGAGGUGCCAGCGAGCCAAAAGCGUGGCGUUGGAUUCCAGACGGUCUCCGUGUGCCCCGAUGACUAUCUCCCAUGGAUCGCGAAUUCAUUGAGAUCGCGCGGAGUAGAGUUCGUCCGCCUAAGGGUCGCUUCUAUCGGAGAAGCGGUCGCGCUCGCAGGACCAAACGGUGUGCUCGUCAACGCGACGGGCCUAGGCGCUAGAUCUCUUUUGGGGCUCGAAGACAAGGACGUGUACCCCAUCCGCGGACAGACCAUGGUGAUCGAUAAUCCCAAAGUGCGCGAGUUCGUCAGCAUAGAAUCCGGCAAUAUCUCCCCUUUCGGUUCGACCCGGCAGCCGACUUCACCCAGUCCCUCCUCGGUCUUCAACAACCACGGGAGCGGCGAUGUCACGUACAUCAUACCACGCCCUGCGAAGAACGGCAGCGGGUUCACAACUAUCCUCGGGGGCAAGUACCAGGAGGGCAACUGGGACACCUCCUUCAGCGCCGAUGACGCACGUGGGAUUCUCGACCGCUGCGCGGAGCUUGUUCCAGCUAUCAAAGACAAGGGGACGAAGAUUCUCCGACACAAUGUUGGAUUGCGGCCUGCUCGGAAGGGCGGCCCUCGGGUGGAAGCGGAAUGGAUGGAGGUUCCAAGCGCAACGCAGUGGAUUACUGUCGAGGCAGACGCUCCGACAGUCGUUGGUAGGGUCUUGGUCGUACACUCUUAUGGCUUUGGCUCUGCUGGUUACCAGAUGUCGUGGGGUGCGGCCGAAGAAGUCGGUUCAUUGAUAAAUUCGCACUUGAAUCAAAAUAAAGAGUAG